GUGGUUUACAGUCAAUAUGAUUGCGGCAAGCUAACUUUAGCUAUCAGUGGCUAACUGUUAGCAAUGCAACUGACACUAACAUUAGCUAUCGUGGGCACGACUUUCCACUUAGCAUGCCGCUAGUAAACCCCACUCUACUGAGCUAGCAGGGAAGCCAAGCUGGCCGUCGGUAGUGGUGUACUGUUUUAGUUUGCCGUGAAACAGUCUGUUUAGAGUAGUACAUAUGUUUGACUAGAGGCUUGUUUUGAAAUAUUAGCUUGAACUUGAGUCGGGAAUUCAUCCAAAUUCACUGAUAUAGGAAGAUUAUCUCUCCACAGUAAACUGAAAGGUUACAGAAGGAAAGCUUGCUAGUUAUUUUUUGGCUUAGCUAACGUUACCCAUGGUAGCCAUGUAACUGUUAGCUAUGCUAACGUUUGUUAGUUCAGAUCAUGCCUGCCUAGCUUCCCAUAGUAUGUGGGUUUAGUUCUAACGUUAACACGGUUGAUUUAACAAGCCGUUUAAGAAUAACGAUAGCAUGUUGAUUAGGCUUUAUGUGAAGGUUUGUCGAGCUCUCAUCUGACGUUAUGAUACGAUGCUAGUAUCUAUAACGUUAGCUUGCGAUAACGUUAAUAUAUUGUGUCGUGGCAUGGAAAAAAGACAGGCAUUGAUUGUCUUUUCAUCAACCAACCAGUACAUUUGCUAACGAGGUUAACGUUAGCACCGGCAAGUAAGAGCAGUUCAAAAGGGCUCUUAUGUGGAACAAGUUAGCUAAGCUUCCAUUACCACAGUGUUAAUAACCUAACCCAAACUAAUCGGUGGUUAAGUUUUUCGUUAGCUGCUGGCCGUGGUGCUGGAAGAGGGUUUAAUUAGCUAGGGAUAUCCAGCUGAUUGAGCCGAAUCCCCUUGAUGGAACGACAACUCGUUAGCAGGCAGUGCCCCCUGGACCCCGGCCAGCCCCAGCAGCUCCCUCUCCUGCUGGCCUAGAUGCCCCAGGCCCAGGCUGGCGGCCGGAGUGACGCGGUUGGGCGAAGCCGAGACCAUGGUCCUGAAUGGCAGGCGGCAGCAGAGCAGCCGCGUCUCCGGGCAGCAGGCGGGAGGGCAGGCCCGCCCCUCCCUCCUCCUCCUCCUCCUCCUCCACCUCCUCCCAGCGCCCCCAGCUACGCCACAGCAGGAGCUCCCCCAGCACACGGAGGGCCAGCCGCAGCCGCAGGUUGGGUGCGGGGGCUCUUGAGGGGGAGCGGCGUCAUGCUCCGUCCUCGGCGAUGAAGGCCAGGGAGCUGUGUGAGAAUGACGACCUGUCCACCUGCCUCAUCGUCGACCCCUACCUGGGCUUCCAGACUCACAAGAUGAACCCAAGGUUUCGGCCAAUCAAAGGCAGACAGGAGGAACUGAAGGAUGUGAUUGAGCGCUUCAAGAAGCACGACAACCUGGAGAAAGCCUUCAAGGCCCUGACGGCAGGAGACUGGACCCGCAGCCACCUCCAGCACAAGAGCAAAGCCCAGGAGAAACUCUUCAAAGAGCACGUAUUUGUUUACUUGCGCAUGUUUGCAACCAACAGCGGGUUCGAGAUUUUACCCUGUAACCGCUACUCGUCAGAGAUGAACGGAGCCAAAAUAGUUGCAACUAAAGAGUGGAAGCGUAAUGAUAAGAUUGAGUAUCUGGUGGGCUGCAUCGCCGAGAUGUCUGCCAGCGAGGAGAAGAACCUGCUGCGGCACGGCGAGAACGACUUCAGCGUCAUGUACUCCACACGCAAGAACUGCGCUCAGCUGUGGCUGGGGCCCGCUGCAUUUAUUAACCAUGACUGCCGGCCAAACUGUAAGUUCGUCUCCACAGGCAGAGACUCAGCGUGUGUCAAAGUUCUCCGAGAUAUCGAGCCAGGCGAAGAAAUCUCUUGUUACUAUGGAGACGGCUUCUUUGGGGACAACAAUGAGUAUUGUGAAUGCUACACCUGUGAAAGACGAGGCACGGGCGCUUUUAAGUCGAAGGCUGGUCUACCGGUGGCAGCUCCGGUCAUCAACAGCAAGUACGCCCUGCGGGAGACGGACCGCCGACUCAACCGGCUCAAGAAGAUGGGCGAGAGCAGCCAGCACUCAGACACACACUCCGUUGGCUCGCACACCGACGCUGAGACUCAGGAAUCACCACAGACACACUCAUCAGCGCAGAAACGCUUCCCCAGCCCCGGCCUGAAGCUGAGCCGGACCCGCAGCAGAACCCAAACACGACAGAACCAGAACUCUCUGUCCAAACCUCCCAGCUCUACCUCACCCUCCAAAGCUGCGACGGUACCCCCAACCACCAGCAGCAGCAGCAGCAACAGUGGGCGUCGGCUGUCCAAGAGGCACCAUCGCUCCCGGUCCAAACGGGCCCCCCACCCCACCGCUCCGGCCCCCACCCCCACCAGCGUCCAGCUGCGCAGCCAAGGCCGCGCGCGAGGCGGGGGCCAGCACAAGACCCCCCCGGCGCCCCCGAGGGCCACCCGACUGACGCUCUGCCACAGCAUCAAGCAGGAGGCGCUGGAGCUGGAGCUGGGGGUGGGGGUGGGGGCCGAGCGCGCCUGCGGCUACAGGACUCGUAGGCUGACGCGCACGCUCCUGAAGGAGCAGCAGGAGGCAGCCGACAGGGCGGAGGGUGGGGAGGUCGUGGGGUCAGGGGUCAAACACGAGCCCCACGUUCCGGACACCACGCACCUGGGCGGGAUCGUCAUCAAGACGGAGCCCGCGGACAUGGAGGAGUACCUCCAGCACGGCUCAGGUGUGGCCCCGCCCAGCCAGGACCUCCCAGCCAAUCACAGCAUGCAGGCAGCGCCACGACGGCUGACCCGUCUGCGAUCUGAUAGGACAGUCAAACAGGAAGAGGAGGGGACUCUUUGCCCUCCUACAAAGUCUUGCCCCUCCCCUUCCCCGAGCCCUGGGGCGCUCAGCCAAUCAGUCAUUUCGAAAGACUUGAAUCACCGUGGAAACGGUGCUUCGUCGAGUCGCAAGGGGAAGAAGAAGCGCAAGCACCGCUUGGUUCGCUACGACGCGCUGCUCAUCGAGGACAGCAGCGGCAUCCCCAAGCUUACCCUGCGUCGCCGCAACGAUAGCGGCAGUGGGCGGCGGAAGAGUCGGAAGGCCUCAGCGAGCGCGUCAACCUCUCAGAAGAGCCCCCGCCGACCUGCCUCCCCCUCCUCUUCCUCGUCCAAAAUCAGCAUCAAGUUCCGCAAGAAGCGCCACGCCGGCUGGGGCGGCGCCUACGUGGCACACCUCAACAACGGCUUCGGCCCCAACGGCAGCGCCGUCGCCCACGGCAACCACACCAAGCUGAAGAUCCAGCUGAAACGCGAGGAGGAGGAGCAGCAGGUGACGCAGUCGCACACGGCACUUGGCCCCGCCCCCACCACACGCCCCGCGCUCAGUGGCAGCACGCCACCUGUAGGCACCAGAGAGCUGUUGCAGCAGCAACAGCAGCAGCAGCAACGCGACUCCCGCGGCAGCAGGAAACACCGUGCCCACCCGCCCCCUGCCCCUACGCUCUCCUCCUCCUCCUCAGAGGAAGAAGAGGAGGAGGAGGAAGAUGAGGAGGAUGCUGACGACUUUGACGACUUCUUCCCAUUGCCGGCGCCCAAGCGCCUGCGGCUGAUCUUGGGGAAGGAUUCCAUCGACAUUGACAUCUCCUCCAGGAGGAGACAGGACCAGGCGCUCCGCCUCCACACCUGACAUCGCCCCCUCAUGGGUCACAUGACUCCAGCAGGGGCCCUCGGUGCUUAGCACCACCCACAAUCAGCCCCACAGGUGUUGAUGUAAAAAAGGUUUUUAGUCCUGUUGAGACCCGUUGUGUAUGAACCUCUCACUCAAGUCAGUGGACAUUCUGUAAAUUAUACAAUGAAAAAAGAAAUCAUACCAUAAGUCAAAGCACUUCUGUUUUGUAAGAUAAAAAGGAAGAUGUAGAAUAUAUAAGUGUUGGUAAAAGCUGCCCUUGCAGAUUUAUAUAAAUAUAUAAUUUUUUUUUUUUUUUUUUUUUUUUUUUUUUUCUAUUGUCAUUUGUUUUGGUGCUGUUUUUCGUUGAAACUGAAUUUGUUUCUUGAAAGGUCGUGGAAGAUGACCUUUCACAUGCUGAUGUAAGAGGGAAAUGGGAUGUCAAAGGAAGACCGGGUCCAGAGAUGCCCCAUCACCACCCCCACGGUGCUGGAGUGUGUGAGAGCUUUGUGUUCCCAAGACAUAUCCCCCUCCCCACCCUCCCCAUCACAUUCUUACACACACACACACACACAGGCAGAGUCAGCUCAGACACUACGCGGUACAGGUUGAGGCGUGCUGACGCACAGACACGCACACACGUGACUCCUGUGUGGUCAGGACCCGCACCAAUGAAUAAAUAAAUAUAAAUAAAUCAAUAAAUAUAAUGUGUAUGAGGACACAUGCCAGUACAUCUCUAGCGGGCGGUGUAGCAGUGCCCAGACAAGUCUUAGCUAGCAUCACAGAUUGAUUUAGAACUUUCUGAUGGGCACUGUGUGUCUUCUCUGUGGUCCAGAUGACCGGAUCAGCCCUCUUAUCACAUCAUGCAUUUAUAAUAGCCAUGCCUUUUUGAUCGCAUGCGUCAGAUAUGUUGAAAAACUCACCCUCAAAGGACUCGUAUCAAGGAGAAAAUUGGUACACACACACGUUUGGAAUGGUAAUGCUCUUGGAUAUGUCUGAGGGAAUGCAAAGCCCACUGGCACACCCAAACACACUACACACACAGGACUCCAAUGGUGCUGUUGGAUAUAUGAUAAUGAACAUGCACACACGGGAGUCAUAGUGGUGCUGUUAGACAUGUACACCUCACACACACACACUCAGGGUGUGACAGCUGACUGAACCCCUCAGACUGUGUGUGUGCGCGAGAGUGAAUUGGUAAAUGAAAACUGUCACGCUGCAUUCUGGUCUGAAAGCUGAAAGGAACCCAAACCUAUGUAGAAAGACAAACAGUACUGGGAGUUGUUGUUGUUGUUCUGUAUAUGGUAUAUCAUUUUGGAUGUUUUUUUUUUUAUGCCACCAAUUCCAGGAAAAGUGUUUGUUUUACCUGCUGAAGUAACUUAGACUGGUGCAUCUCCCUUCGUCUGUUUUACAGAGGUCCUGGCAGCUCACCUCACGGCCCCCAGUCAGUCAGCAUCCACAGCAAUGUGAACCCCCCAGUACAGCUACAGUAAUCAACCACACAGGAAGUGAUGUAAUGUGAACCCCAAGUACAGCUACAGUAAUCACCACACAGGAAGUGAUGUAAUGUGAACCCCCAGUACAGCUACAGUAAUAACCACACAGGAAGUGAUGAAAUGUGAAUCCCCCAGGGUUGACACUAUAACCACCACACAGGAAGUUGUGGUGGUGGUGGUUGUUGGGUCUGGUAGCACCUGCUUUUACUAUCAUGUAUAGCACAACGUGUAUAAUUCAGCCAUGAGUCAUUUUGAUGGAGGUCUUUAGAGGGUACAAUAACCCAGUUCUAAUGGAAGAAUCUAGCACAUAGAACACCAAAAUGCUGAAGGUUGGGUUCUGCACAGUUAGUACAGUAUGUGUGUGAGCUUGGACAUAAAGGAACCCACUGCUGUAGAUGUGGUGUAUUCAUGGGCUUAUAUUGUUUCUCUGCAGUCUGACCAUAUCUCAUCAUGAGUCCAGUUGGAAAGUGUACAAGUUCCUAAUCAUAGACCUGUUGGACUGGAACACUACUGGUUUUAAUAUGCAUCUGAGUCCAGUGCGGACGGUUCCGGUUCCGCUCGGAACCCACUGAACUGGAUCUAUAUGGUUUUUAACAGCAUCACACAGCCAUUUCCACACAGCACUUGGUGCCUUAAGCGACUCCGACUCCAGGAUGCGAACAUCAUCUCCAUCUGACAGGACUCAAGCCCCCAGCAUGGGGAAAUCCUCAUUCACUGUCUGGCCACCCAAAACCCUCUCCCCCAUGAUGUUGUGUGUGUGUGUGUGUGUGUGUGUGUGUCUAUCUGUUUAUGUAUGUGUGCGUGCGCACGCAUAUUUUUAUGUAUAUGUGUGUGUGUGUGUGUGUUUGUGUAUAUGCUGAAUGUUUGGACCCCUUUCCCCACAUAGCAGCUGCCUGUGGCUCAGGUCCGAUCUGCUGCUGACCCGGUGCUGAUCUGAUGUGGGUCUGGCACUGACCCGCUAUUGGUCCAAUUAGUCUCAGUUCCAGUCCUCAUAUGGUGUGGGCCUGGUGCCGACCCUGGUACCGUGCUGGUCUGGCCCUGUGCUGUUCUGAGUCUGCUGUUAUCUGGGACCUCUGCUUUUUUGCUCACGCCACCAGCAGUAGGCCCUGUGCGUGCGUCUGUGUGUGUGUGUGUGUGCGAGCGAGUGUGUGUGUGUGUCCAGACCUACCGCUGACUCUUGGCCAGGUCAGAGCCGGAUCUCAGCCAGGUCGCCCCGCCCCCCCCGGCUUUACUUGAUCCUCCAGCUGUCUUCUCCAUCACCCCUGUACAGACGUCUGUGGGAAAGAUCCCUUUUAAAGACUGUGUGAAUAGUUUGCUGACAAACAAGUGUUACAAGGACACAGGUGACACUGACCCAGAGUUUUGAAGAGACAAAACUGUCUUAUUGUGUACAACAUGCGGACAUAUUGUACUUAUUUAACAGUUUUGAAUACUUGAAAGCAAGAUAAAAGUUUCUUUGCGAGAAAAAAAAAAAGCAGUCUCCUGUAUUACUGUGUGUAGAGAAAAAAUACUGUGUAUUUGUGACCUUUUCCAUGCCUCAUUUUUCUCCUGUUGAUGUCCAGCAGGUUCUUUCAAGAGCAAGAUUGGGAAGGGAAAUUGAAACAUAAAUUGGUCACCCAC